AGCAAUAUGAUUUCCGCCAGAUCCGUUCAAAGAACCGCGUUCCAAGUCGCCAAAAGCGUGCGCGUGUUGGCCAAUGCCAGACACUUCUCCGCUGCCCGCGUGACGAAGCAGGAGGAGCUCGUCGACGUGAGAUCCUUGCCAAGAGCCGACCCGGGUGAACUCCACGCUGCGAUUGUCAACCCAGCAGACAGAUACAGAGAGCAGUCCGAAGAGUUACACAAGUUCGGGCGCUACAUUACUGCGUGCUUGCCUAAGUUUGUCCAGCAGUUUUCCGUGUGGAAGGACGAGAUUAUUAUCUACGUCGCGCCGUCUGCACUCAUCCCAACCAUGAAGUUCUUGAAGAAUCACACGGCUACCCAGUUCAAGGCGUGCAUGGACGUUACAGGUGCCGACUACCCGUCCAGAACUAACAGAUUCGACGUGGUGUACAACAUGUUGUCGCACAGAUACAACUCUAGAAUCAGAGUCAAGACCUACGCAUCUGAAUUGUCCACAGUGCCAUCCGUAGUUCCGUUGUUUGAGGGUACCAACUGGUUUGAGCGUGAGGCGUACGACAUGUUCGGAAUCUUCUUUGAGGGCCACCCAGACUUGAGAAGAAUCAUGACCGACUACGGGUUCCAGGGCCACCCAUUGAGAAAGGACUUCCCAACCACUGGAUAUACCGAGGUCAGAUACGACGAAGAAAAGCACAGAAUCGUCUACGAGCCGUUGGAGUUGACCCAGGCGUUCAGAAACUUCUCUGUCGGCUCCUCCGUCUGGGAACAGGUUGGCCCAGGCAGAGACGACACCCCAGAGUCCUUCAAGUUGCCUACCCCGGAACCUGAGCCAACCCCAGAGCCUGAGUCAGCUCAGGGCGCGCCAAAGAAAUAAAAAGACUCCCGGUAGAUGGCAUAUGCAUU